AUGGGGAUCUCUGCGUCCUCGGCGCCGCCUACGCUAGAGGAGAAAGAUCCCCACGAUGGCCUGGGAUUUCGGCAAUACAUGCUGGCGGGAUCCAUCGCCGGCGUGGUAGAGCACAUGGCAAUGUUCCCGGUCGACACUGUCAAGACGGGCGUCCAGAUGCUAUCGGUUCCUUCGUCCUGCCCGUGCGGCUCCCCAGUUCCAUCGCUCACCAAGGCAGUGGUGGAAGGUCUGGCGGGGUUCUACCGAGGAUUGGGAGCCAUGGUUCUCGGCGCUGGGCCGUCCCACGCGGUCUACUUUGGAUGCUACGAGUUCUUCAAGGAGAAGUUUGGAGGCAACCGCGAUGGCCACCAGCCUCUAGUCCAUAUGGCGUCCGGGGCUUGCGCCACCGUCGCUAGCGACACGGUGCUCACGCCCAUGGACGUGGUGAAGCAGCGGUUGCAGCUAAGCCGGAGUCCAUACCAGGGGGUGGCGGACUGCGUUGCGAGGAUUUACAGGAGCGAGGGGCUUGCGGGGUUCUACGCCUCGUACAGGACCACGGUUUUGAUGAACAUUCCGUUCACCGGGGUACACUUUGCGGCGUAUGAGGCUGCCAAGAAGAUCUUGUCCGAGUUGUAUCCGGAUCAGGCUGGGGACGAUCACUUGUUGACGCAUGUUGCCGCCGGUGGCACCGCCGGAGCGCUGGCGAGUGGGAUCACUACUCCGUUUGAUGUUGUCAAGACGAGGCUCCAGUGCCAGGGUGUUUGCGGUGCAACCAAGUACUCAACCAGCUCCGUCACACAAGUGGUGAAGGAGAUUGUUCGCCGUGAGGGCUCGGCGGCCCUGUUCAAGGG